AAAGCAUAAAUUUUCUUAGUAUGUGAGGCUUGUUCCACCCUCCUUCCAUUCAGUCUUCUAAAGAGAAUGACAGGAGCCUCAUUUGAUGAGGUUGUUGGCAUUGGACAUAACAAUGAUUUGUAUCCCGUGGAAGUUUGAGAUAAUGAGGGAGAUGAAUAUUCAUGGAAAUGAGAGGUCACACAUAUCCCACAACUGUCCCAAUUUAAGCGGGACAUCCUGGAAUCACAGAAGCCAAUUCCAGCUUCUGUUUGCAUCCCAGAAGGUCCCGUUUUUUGGUCUGGCGCUAGUCAGCAGGGUCACACCAAAGAGCCAGACCGGAAGGUGCUCUGGCAUGACCCCAAGUUUGGGGACAAAAAUGUUGGAGAGUAUGUAGUUCCAUGCUUGCUUUCCUUCCCAAUACAGGGCUACCAGAGACAGAGAGAGAAAGGUGUAGUGGUUAGAGUGUCAGACUAGAACCAGACCAUGAAGCUCACAGGGCUACAAAUCUCACUGUUCUUUUCAGCACAUUUCUCCAUCACUUUCCUAACUGCAAAAGUCCUCUUUUUUAAAAGAAAGAAAGAUUUGUUGCAGUAGAGUGACAGAAUCCUUUAACCCACUUUAAAUGCACAAGCCAAAAUUUCUGGUAUGUGCUUGAAUCCCUCCACACAAAACAGCGACACUCUGGAGACACCCAGAGUAUUUACCACACGGAGAAGGCGAUAAUUUAAAAUCAGAAUAGAAGAAAGUGACCACUCAAGUUGGUACUGUUGCUGAGGCACCAAAAGUAUGUGCCUCAGAGAGGUGUUAGAAUCUUUAUGUGUGUGGUAACACUGUGGGGUUAUUACUACAUUAUUUUUGUUGUUGGGCAACCCCUGCCCGCCCCCAGCCCUGUGGUGCUUAUGUUGACAAGGCACCUUUUGAACAACUAAAAGCCACCUGUCAGGCAGGCAGGGCCAGUGUGUUUGAGCACAGCUCCCUUAGCAACCAGCCUGCUUUGUUUCCUUGCUUGUUUUGGCUGCCACCAAGCAGUCGGGGCCUUGCAAUGGAUCGGAGGGGCCAAGGGACCGCCUCCCCACCAGUGCACCUCAUUCAGCAACCAAUUCCGCAGCAGCCGGAGGUGACAAUUCUCCAGCAAUUGCCCUGGGCUACAUCUGUUCCUCCGACAUCCAGCAAGGCAGGGCACAUCAGGGAAGAUUUAAUGGAUCUCAUGAUGAUACAGAAUGCCCAGAUGCACCAAGUCGUAAUGAACAACUUGGCCAUGUCAGCAGUGGCGCACUUUGAAAACAGCCCAGCCCAGUCUCUGGCACAGGUAUCCCACGUCCCUUGGCAGAUAGAAGAAGAGGAAGAGGAUGACCCAGCCCCCCUUGUGUUCCACCAUCAUUAUGCCCCCUACCCAAGCAUUAUUCCAUUCAUGGGAUGGCAGUCUCCAUCUCAGGUUCAGCAACAACCUGCCAUUCGCCAUGUAGGCCCAGACCUUCAGGUGAUGGGGAGGCAAGACAGGGAACCAGUCCCUCCACCCCCACCACCAAGCGCCACUGGAACUGUGAUGGCCGAUGUCCCACCAGCUUCAGAAUACUAUGACUACACUGAGGCACGGAGGUGAGGUGAAAGUCUAACCUGCUUGAGCAUUUACAGAACAAGACGCAGGCCUCAAACUCCGCCUGGCUGCCCCUUCAGCAUCAGAGACUGAACAAACAGCACUGCUGUGACAUGGAUAACUUGGUGGCAAAGUCCUCCCCUUGUUCGAUCGAGGCCUCUGAGUAUGUGCAUUUGGAAUAAACUUCAUCAAUUUGUCUGAGUUGCAUUUAAUCAUAAGAACGUACGAAUAGCCUGCUGGGUCAUGCCAAAGGCCCAGUUAGUCCUGGACUGUUCUCACAGCAGCCAACCAGAAGCUCUGUGGGAAACCCACAAGCAACAGCCCUCUGUAGAUCAGUGCCAGUUAUCUGAAUAAUGUAUAUAACCAUCCUUCCUCAAAACUUAAGGCAGGGGUUGCGAACCUCGUGCCCUCAGAUGUUGUUGGACUACAGCUCCCAUCAUCCCUGAUCAUUGGCCAUGCUGGCUGGGGCUGAUGGAAGAUGGAGUCCAUCACCAAUGGGAGGGUGCCAUGUUCCUACCAAUGCCUUACAUGGAGAUGGGACAAUCUGCCCAGUUCCCCUCACACAGCUACAAUUCCCAGGGUUCCCUGGGAAGAGGGACUGACAGCUAAACCACUCUGGAAAUUAUAGCUCUGGGGGGGGGGAUAGGGAUCUCCUAACAAUUCUCAGCACUCUUCAAAAAACUAUUGUUUCCAGA